AUGGCCUCCAAUAAAAGUGAAACGGAGAUGGAGACAGAAGAAAUGGUGAAACGAUUUUUGGACGAAAUGAAACAGAAAAGCGAAGAUUACAAGUUCAAGGCCAUAUUGUCCUGUAGUGUAAAGAGUGACGUGAUCAAAUGGGUGGACGAAAGCGGCAAUGACUUGAUGCAUCUUUGCAUUUUAAAGAACAGUCCGCAAGCUGUGGAGUGUUUACUAUCCAAUGGCUACUUCAUAGAGCCUCAUCAGCCAGAUAUCAACCCCUAUAGCCAUUUAGCCGCAAAACUGGGUCUCAGUACCGUGCUAAAUAUCCUACUGAAUCACCGACUAAGUGACAACAGACCCAUGAAUAACUUAAUCUACCCAAGUCUGAAGUCUGAAUGCAAUUUACUUCAACAAAAAAGGGAGACUCCUUUGGAUAUUGCAGCAAAAGCUGGUAAUUCGAAAUGCAUCUACCUGAUACUCACGCUGUGUGUCAUAAAGGCACAUCCAGAGCGGGCUAAAAGUGGAUAUAUUGCUUUGGCAACGCUUGCAAACUCCGAGGAGGCUGUCAGAGUAUUGCUCAAAGAAAAACCACAGAAACAGGAAAUUAUGGAAGCAAUCGACAUUGCAGUCCAUCAUGCACAACCAGAGUGUCUUGACCUGUUGCUAGAAAGUGGUAUCGAUGUUAAAAAGCUAUUCAACGGGGUAAAUUUUUACCACACACUGUAUUCUUUUUCUUCAGUACAGACAUUUGGAAGAGAGGGGUAUGCAAGAAUACCAAGGGUGACAGAAGUUCUUUUAAAACAUAAACACGACGUCAAGUCAAAAGAUCCGACUAACACAUACCCACUAUACUCUUUGAUUAAGAAUUCGCUCUGUCUUGACAAUUACACAUGGACACAGUACUAUCUGAAAUGCGUCCAGAUGCUGCUUAAGUCAGGAGCGGAUCCAAACUUUGAUGAGGUUCAGUACGAAAGACUACAAAUCAAAAGAAGUGUAAAAUCUAUUGUAGGUAGAAGCGCUUAUUCGAGUGCGAUACACUGCCUCCUUGACACUGUCGAGUCUUAUGCUGGAACUCUGGACUCGAAGGCCUUGGCAGCUAAAUUUGUUAUAGAAUAUGCCGAAAUAUUGUGCCACAGUGAUGCUAAUAUAAAUAAAAUUGGACGAAUUACACAACGAAAUUCAGUAAUGGGCACAGUUCUUCACCAGUUUGCAAAGACCAGUGUUCAGAUAGGAGUGGAUUUAGAUAUCCUAAAGUUUUUUCUACGCCAAGGUGCUAAUGCAGAUGUGAAUGCUCAUGGAAAAUUUGUACUUAAUACAUUUUCUGAUGAACUUUUCGAGAAAUUGAAAGAUCAUGCCUCGCAUUUAAAGCCAGUUGAUCGCAUGCCUGAUGUAAGACGAAUGCUUGAAAUCUGUCAUCACAUGUCACGUAGUGCCAUUAAGGGCACACUUGAAGUUUUUAAAAAAGAUCACGCUGGAAAUCCUCCACCGCAAAUUAAAAUAUAUGUUGGGGUCAUUUCAAAGGAAUUAGAAUAUCAUCUUUACCACAUUAAACCCCUGAAAAAGUUGGUUGCACAAGCAGUGUGGCUCUUUUGCCAAAGGAAAGCCAACAACGUACAUCAGUUGCCAACAACAGCAAAAUUCAAAACACAAAUUCUGCCCAUAUCAUAAUAACAUCUGUAAUAGCAUAUUGUUUAUCAGACAGACGGAUGGACAGAUA